AUGUUUUCUUCAAUUCAACAUUCAUCACCAACUUGUAAAAUCAUUGAAAUUCCCCCAGAUUUAAUAGAAAAUGGAAAAACAUUAUUAAUUGAAGCACAUUAUGAAUUAUUUAUAAAUGGUUCUCAUUUAUCACGGCCAUCACAUUUUAUUACAAAAAGUCAUGGAUUAUGUCUUGUUGAUACACAACAAAAAGAUUUUAGAUCAGAUGCAUAUUAUUAUCAAUUAAAUUCACAGAAUGAUGAUUAUCGUAAGUUUACAUUUUGAUUUUUGUUGUCUUUUUUGAUUAUCUAUCAUAUUAAAUGAUACAUUUUCACUAACAAAUAUUCAAUUAAAUACAAACAUAGCAAUUGAGAAAUAACACUAGAUAAACAAAGACACAGAUCAUAUGAAUAUAUAUAUAUAUACAGGGUUGAAAAUAAUAUUUUGCCAGGGAAGUACCGCUAUAAUUUCAAAUAGAGUAAUUAAUGAAUUUUAUACCAAACGAAAGCGCGUCAAAAAUGGAGUUCAUUGGUACUAAACAGUAAGAGUCAUCAAAACUUUUUAAUGUCGAACUUC